AUUACCUUUUCGAAACCAAUUUUAUUCAUAAUUUGGCUAACUUGAUUGUGGAGGAUUGUAAAGGCCUCAAAUGCUUAUUCUCAGCUAAUGUGAUUGGAAGUCUUCUAAAACUUAAACAUCUUGAAGUAAAUAACUGUGACGUGAUGGAGGAGAUAAUUUCUACAAAGGGGAGAAAUAACAUGGCACUAGAAAAGGUCUGCUUCUCAAAAUUGGAGACCAUGGUGAUAAAAAACAUGAAAAGGUUGAAAAAGGUAUGGCACUUACAAUUCAAUGGGUUGAAGACUUUGGAGGUUAGCAAAUGUGAGAGGCUUGAGAAUAUAAUUCCAAUAGAUAUGGGGAAAUCACUUGAAAGUUUGGAGACAUUAAUGGUCAGCGAUUGUAACUCAGUACAAGUGAUUUUUGGAUUCAACUCCGAAAAAGGCAUUGCAGGGAAGACAACACGACUACGGAAAUUAUCUCUAUCUCAGCUAUCAAAGCUGAAACAAAUUUGGAGUAGAGAUUUUCCAGAAAACCUUCACUUUCAUAAUCUGCAACUUAUAUGUGUUGAAAACUGUGAGAACUUGGAAUACCUUUUUCCCUUCUUCAUUGCGAUGCAUGCAACUCAACUUGGAGAUAUUACCAUAAAGAAUGCAGGGAGGAUGAAAGAGAUUGUCCCUUACAAAGAAGGCUCUGUUGAUAGUCCAAUCAAAUUUGAAUAUAAUCACUUCACCUCUUUAGUGCUUUGGAACUUAUUUGAACUUGAGGGAUUUUUUCCCCAAAAUCAUAGAUUACUAUGUCCAUUAUUAAGGGAAUUAGAUGUCCGCAAUUGUGGGAAAUUGAAGCUUUUCCAGGCACAAGGUGCAAGCGGCCUAGAUAGAGUUUUUGAUAGUGAACUUCAAGUCUCAAUGCAGCAGCCUUUUUUCACACUUGAAGAGGUGAUUGGCAAUUUGGAGACCUUGGCCCUGAAUAGUGAGGCUGCAAGCAUAAUAUUACACCAUCAAUUUUCAGGGAAACGCUUCAGCAAACUAACAUGUCUUGUUUUUGCAAAUUUUGAAGAUGGCCAAGCUACUUUUCCCCAUUGGUUUAUCCAUAGCAUAACUAGUCUCAAAGUGCUAAAUGUUGAAUGGAGUUCUUUCAAGGAGAUAUUCCAAGGAAAAACUAUAGAUGAGAAGAGAAAGUUUGAUAUCAGAACGCAGAUCAAAGAACUUAUACUCAAUCAAUUACCUAAACUCCGACAUAUAUGUCAAGAAGGAUUUCAAAUACAUCCAAUUCUUGAGUUUCUUGAAUGCUUACAGUUGUCGAGUUGUUUUGAUUUGAAAAACUUAGUGCCUUCCUCUGUAACUUUCAGUCACUUGACGUACUUGGAGGUACAACAUUGCAGUGGAUUGAUUCACUUAAUUACCUCAUCAACAGCAAGGAGUCUGGUAAAAUUGACAACAAUGAAAAUAAGCAACUGCUAUUCACUAGAGCAAGUUGUGGCGGAAGAGAAGGAUGAGUCUGCAUACGAAAUUUCAUUCAGUAGCUUAGAAAAUUUGGAGCUUGAAUGUCUGCCAAAUAUGAGGAGGUUUUGUUCUACCAAUUGUGUGUUGAACCUUCCAUUGUUGGAGAGAGUUGUUGUUAAGCAAUGCCCAAGAAUGACCAUCUUCUCUGUGAGAGACACAAGUACCCCAAUGCUUCAAAAUAUACUAUCAAAGGAAGAAGAUGAAAAAAUGUAUUGGGAAGGAGACCUGAACAGAACAAUUAAAAAGAUGUUUAUGGAUAUGGUGGGAUUCCGUGGCCUCGUGUCUCUGGAGAUAUCUCAAUGCCCUGAGUUAAGAGAAUUGUGGUACAGCCAUGAAGUUAAGCUAGAAGUGUUUGGUAAUUUGAAAAGGCUAGUAGUGCAUAAAUGUGAGUUUUUAUCAGAUGUGCUGCUGCCUUUAAAUUUGGUGCAUACACUAUCCAACUUAGAAGAGCUUGAAGCAAGUGAAUGUGAUUCACUAAAAGCUGUGUUCGAUUUAAGCAACGUGAAUGGAGAGGAAGUGAUAGUGAAGGAGACCAUUCAGCUGAAAAGAAUAACUCUCCUUCAUCUACCUAUGCUUAAAGACAUAUGGAAACUCAACUAUAAAGAAAUUGUCAGUUCUAGAGAAACAACAGAAGAAGAAGAAGAAGAAGAAGAAGAUGAAGAAGGUGCUAUCCGGCAUCAGCAACCAGCAUAUUCCAUUAAACAGGUAUGA